AUGUUUGCACUUGAAUCUUCUGCCUUCCCCAAAACCAACGUCCAGGACAUAGCCGACUUCAGGGCACAGCCGAAGCAGUACCACGUAUUCAACGCGGGCGCCAUGGAUUUUGCUGCUGCAAAUUGUCUGGUGAAAGCUCCUUUUCCCAGCGACCAUCCAAGCUAUGGUGACCACACCGAGACUUCGAUCACAAUUUUCCUGGAGGAGCCAAAGAUCUCCAAACGGCCUUGCCCAGAUGAGGACAGCGAAGACAGCGCGGAGAGCGCCAAGUCGCAUGAGUCCGCGACGCCCAUGGGGAAGGAGACCGUGCACGAGUUGCUGCACUUUGCCGAGGAACAUCAACUUCCUCGGCUGCGCCAUCGCUGCGAGGACUUUUUGCUGUCCCAGCCGGCGAACGACGAACAUGGCCUCAAGGUCGCACGGAGGUUCAACCUUGGAAGACUGGAGGAGAGAUACCGAAAGAGAUAUGCUGGUGGAAAGCUGACACUGGAUAGUUAAGAUCCAAAGCAACAUUUAUUCCUUUCAGACCAGAUGAAUCAAGAUGUCCCUUGUCAUCGAGGGAUGCACAUCCG